CCCAGGAGCUUGGGGGUCCACUUCUCCAAGGUGCGUUCGCUGACGCUGGACUCCUGGGAGCCUGAACUGGUGAAGCUGAUGUGCGAGCUGGGGAACAGCACCCUGAACCGCAUCUACGAGGCUCGGGUGGAGGAGAUGGGGGUGAAGAGACCCCCCCCCGGCUGCUCCCGGGCGCAGCGGGAGGACUGGAUCCGGGCCAAAUACGUGGAGAAGAAAUUCGUCACGGGGCUCCCGGGGGGGCCCCCCCGGCCCCGCCCAUCCCGGCCAGGCCCCGCCCCCCGCGGCAGCCCCACCCCCCGCAGCCACCAACCCCCAGAGCCCUCGGAAGCCGAGGGUCCCCCCAGCCUCCACCCCGGGGCUCUGCUUUACUGGGCGGCCCAGCGCCGCCGCUUGCCCACCAUGGCCGACGCGCUGGCCCACGGCGCCGACCCUGGCUGGGUCAACUCCGCCGAGGACAACCGCACCCCCCUGCUGCAAGCCGUCGCCGCGAACUCCCUGCUGGCCUGCGAGUUCCUGCUGCAGAACGGAGCCAGCGUCAACCAGAGCGACAGCCGCGGGCGGGGGCCGCUGCACCACGCCACCAUGCUGGGGCAUACUGGCCUGGCCUGCCUGUUCCUGAAACGGGGGGCUGACGUGAACGCGGUGGACGCAGACGGCAAGGACCCCCUCACCAUCGCCAUCGAUCUGGCCAACGCUGACAUCGUCACCCUGCUGCGGCUGGCCAAGAUGCGGGAGCUGGAGGUGGCCCAGGGGCAGACUGGUGACGACACCUACCUCGACAUCUUCCGCGACAUCUCCCUCAUGGCCUCCGACCACCCCGAAAAACUCACCCGUCCCCACCACAAGUUCACCACCCUCUAGCUCCGCCCCCCCCGGGGACAUGCCACGCCCCCCCGGAGGUGCCACGCCCCCUUCACAGGCAGCUGCCAAUGGAAUAAAGCGUCGCCUCAGCUUU